CACAGAAUUUAAGCCCUCUCAAUAACGACCGCCAUCGUUUCCUGUUCCAGCUCUUUUUCUUUUCUUUUUUUGGGGACAUUUAUCGGGAUUGCUUGUGUCUGGAUCAGUCAGAGUCAGAGUCACACAACUCCCAUCAGACGCGGGAGACAUGAGCGCUCGUUGCAAUAUGGAUUUUUAAAAUAACAGACAGCAACGAGAAACUCGAGCCUGACACCAAAGUGGAAGAAAGCAUCGUGUCAUCGUAUUGUGGUCGAUGGCAUCUUGCGCUGGCAAGUGAUGAAGACAAGGGGGCGCUCCAACCUUAUCUCCCAAGACACAGCACCAAGUGAGAUGGUAUUGUGAACUACAUUCAUGUUAGGCUCUAAUGAAAUGGAAAGGACGAAUUUGUGUAAAAAUCCAUAUUUAGAUACCAUAUACAUGUGUAGUUUAUAUUGACAUUGUUUUGAUAGUCAUUGGGGAUACACAUCAGUUGGAGCCCUAUAUCAAAACAGUCAGUCCACCAGGUGGGCCAUUCCACUUGACUGAAAUGAACUGAACUCUAAUAUGCUUCACCAUUUCACAUGAUUGCAGUGCAUAUUUGAGGGAAGAAGACGGCAGUCUUAUCUCUCCCCUCUUCAAGGACUCAGAGAGGAGAGUUUGUCUGCCCAUCUGAGCCCCAGGGUCACAGUAAGGGGAAACAAUUAGCCAAACCGUGAGAUAAAAUCUCUCUCCCACUCUCUCUCUAUAGCCCCAGAGUCUAGGCUGUAGUUUAUGUUAUGCUGCUGAUAUUAUGGCCAUGCUAUUUAUAAAAAAAGGAUGUAGAAAGCCUUGGCUCUCAUCUGUUUACAGUUGGCCAAACUGGCAGCUUAGUAACACAUAGUGAUGCAUUACUGUGUUAAUACUAUUAUUAUCCCACCACAAUAACAAAACGCCAAUGAGAUCCCAUGUAAACAACACUCCUACAUCAUCAUCAUCAUCACCGGGCAUAACUAGUUAUAUCAUAAGCUUACAAUAACAUAGUGUUGGAAGUGCGAUGUCUGUGGUGCUGUCACAACUUCCAUGUGGAAUGUAAACACAUGUUAAAGAUGUACAAAGGUCUGCUGCACAGCGCAGAGGGACAUCACUGCCACAGAAACAGCAGAUGUGAAGUCUGUUUGCACCCCUGACUAAUUACUCUCCAUGCUAGCGCUUCAAAAACACUGACGUGGACUCUUGCUGUAAGAGGGCGGUCGGGCGAGGAUGACUGCCAACAAAAGCACCAAAGCUGCUCCCAAAACAGGCGUGAAUAAAGAGGCACAGGAAAUCCCAGAAAGGUGCCAGUCUGUGUCUCCUCCACCUAUCCUCUCGUCUGGUAAGGGCCAGUGUCGCUCCUCCCUAGCUGAGGCCGAGGACCGCUCCGACUCUGCUUCGCUGUCCAGGUACGACAGGCAGAAGGGUGACUGCAAGUUCUGGAGUGGGCGCGUCUGGAGCCAGAAGACUGCCAGCCUCCGCAGCGGCGCCUCCCUCUCCUCCGACUUCGAGUCCCAGAGCCGCCUCAUCAAGGCCAAGAGCAUCAGCUGCCUGGACAAGAGGCUGUCCAUCUUCAGGCCCAACCAAUCAGACGCUGCUGCCGGCGGAGGACAGGACCAGAAGGAGAACCAGAAUCAGAACCAGAACCAGAAUCAGAAUCAGGAGAAGGAGGAGAAGGUUCCGGAUGCGAGCCAGGCCAGAGAGGGCCUGAGCGGGGGACCUCUAAGCUGGAGCACCCUUUCGCUGGGUCCCGGCACUUCCGCUGCCGCCCUCGCCGCGGCGACCGCAAACACAGCAGCCAAUCACGGCCACAAGCGCACCCUGUCGCUCAGCCGCACGGGCCUGGGCCCGCCGUCCGCCACCAUCCGCAAGAAGAUCUCGGAAUGGGAGUGCCGGAGAGUGUCCUUGCCUAGAAUGAGCCUGUGCCUGGACAAGAGGGUCGUUGGCGAGCACGGUGGAGGUGGAGGAGGUGGUGGGGACGGACUCCUGCCGUCGCCCUGCAGCGAGAAGGCCUUUGACUUCAAGGGCGUGAGGAGGAUGAGCGCGGCCUACUCCGAGUGCUCGUACCCGGAGACGGAGGAGGACGAGACCGGUGCGUCGGACCGGGAGUCUGCCGGACGUUUUCAGAAGAAGCAAGGCAAGACCAGCGAAGGUACCGGCGUCUUCCUGCGGUCGCUGUCGGCGCGCAAGGAGACCUCGGCCGUGCUCAACCGGAUACAGAAGAUCGAGCAGGUGCUGAAGGAAAGCCCCACGCCGUCGCCGCCACAGUAUCUCAGCAACUGCUACGGCCUGGAGAAGUCGCGCCAGAAGUCGUUUAUGAUCGGCGGUCUGGAGGACUGCGACAGCGCCUGCGCCAGUAAGCGGAGCAGUAUCUGCUCCAUCGCCACCGAGCCGGACCUUUCGCCCGCCUCAGACCGGCUCUCCAAGCUCAGGCAGAGGUUCAGUGUAUGCUCGGCCCGAUCGGAGAGUCCAGAGCCCCUGACCAUCAGUCCUAGCACUGGUGGUGGUGGUGGUGGUGGUGGUAGUGAUGGAGUACCAGUCAAUCCUUUGCCCAAGCCAAAACGCACCUUCGCGUAUGACGCCAACCGCAAUCACAAGGGCACGGGCCCCAGUAACGGACUACCAAACUCACGGGAGUCUCCACCUCCGCUGCCCUCCACACCGGCUCCUUCAGUGUGCCGCGCGUCCAAGCCUGAUGGAAGCUCCCCCAAGAAGAGGGAAUCGCUUGAGUCGGAGGAUGCGGCGAGCCUGCCCUCCUCGUACCCGUCGUCGCCCACGGAGAACGGCACGGCCUCCACGGGCACGGCCAGCCGACCCAGCUCCAAGAGCCCGCAGGAGGAGAACGCCUACGAGGACAUCGUGGAGUCCAUGAAGGAGAACCCAUAUGAAGACGUGGACCUGAAGGGCAGGAUGCUUGGCAGGAAGUCUCGGGGGUCACUGAACCAGCUCUGGUCCUCGGAAAGGAAGUCCAGUUCUCCUCCCCAGCUGCCAUCCAAGCCCAGCAGUCAGUCUCUCCGACUCCCGGGUCCUUCGGACAGGAAGAGCCACCGGACGUCCCGAUUGUCCAAGAGGCACAGCCAUGACGACACGCUGUCACUGCCCCCUCUGGCCGUGUCGAGCAGCCCUGGCUGUGGCCUCAUGGACGACACCCUCAGCACCGCUAGUGACACCCUCGCCAGGCACAGGAGGGUACCCAAGUUGGUGCAGAGGAUCAACUCCAUCUACUCCAGUAAGAGGGGCAAGAAGCGGUUGAAGAAACUCUCUCUGUCCAACAUUGAGACGGCAUCUCUGAGAGAUGACAACAGUGAGAGCGAGAGUGACUCGGAUGACAGGUUCAAAGCCCACACCCAGAGGUUACAGAAGCUGCAGUCCAUCCUGCGACGGGCCCCCAGUUACCGCACGCUGGAGCUCCAGUUGUUGGAGUGGCAGGAGAGGGAACUGUUCGAGUACUUUGUUGUCGUCUCGCUCAAGAAGAAGCCCACCAAGAACUCCUACACGCCAGAGGUCACCUACCAGUUCCCCAAGCUAGAGCGGCCCACUAAGCAGAUGCGUGAGGCUGAGCAGCGCCUGAAGGCCAUCCCUCAGUUCUGCUUCCCAGAUGCCAAAGACUGGAGUCCUGUGGCCGACUACAGCAGUGAGACCUUCUCCUUCAUGUUGACUGGGGAGGAUGGCAGCAGGCGCUUUGGCUACUGUAGACGCCUCUUGCCGAGCGGGAAGGGCCCUCGUCUGCCGGAGGUGUACUGCGUCAUCAGCAGGCUGGGCUGUUUCGACUUGUUCUCCAAGAUCCUGGAUGAGGUGGAGCGUCGGCGGGGCAUCUCGGCGGCCCUGGUCUACCCCUUCAUGCGCAGCCUGAUGGAGUCGCCCUUCCCUGCCCCGGGGAAGACCAUCAAGGUCAAGACCUUCCUGCCUGGAGCAGGAAACGAGGUGAUUGAGCUGCGGCGGCCGAUGGACUCCCGUCUGGAGCACGUGGACUUCGACAGCCUCUUCAGCUGCCUGAGCGCGCGGCAGGUGGUGCGGGUGUUUGCCUCCCUGCUCCUGGAGAGAAGGGUCAUCUUCGUAGCCGACAAACUCAGCACCCUGUCCAGCUGUGUGCAUGCGGUGGUGGCACUGCUCUACCCCUUCUCCUGGCAGCACACCUUCAUCCCCGUGCUGCCCUCCUCCAUGGUGGACAUCGUCUGCUGCCCCACGCCCUUCCUGGUGGGCCUCCUCUCCAGCUCCCUGCCCAAACUCAAGGAGCUGCCCGUGGAGGAGGCUCUGAUGGUGGACCUGGGCACAGACCGUUUCAUCAAGCAGAUGGAUGACGAGGCCUCUCUCCUACCAAGGAAACUGCAGUCUGCAUUAGAACUGGCUUUAGAACAAAGGAAUGACAUCAUCAACCAGGACUCUGACAGCGAAUCGGAUGAUGAAUGCAACUCCCUGAACAGCCUGGUGUCGGAGGCGUUCAUCCGCUUCUUCCUGGAGGCGAUCGGCCACUACUCGCUUUUCAUGACGCAGGGCGAGCGUGGCGAGCGCGUCUUCCAGCGCGAGGCCUUCCGUAAGUCGGUGGCCUCCAAGAGUAUCCGCCGCUUCCUGGGCGUCUUCAUGGAGUCCCAGAUGUUCGCCGGCUUCAUCCAGGACCGCGAGCUCCGCAAGUGCAGAGCCAAAGGUCUGUUCGAGCAGAGAGUGGAGCAGUAUUUGGAGGAGCUGCCGGACACGGAACAGAGCGGAGUCAAUAAGUUCCUCAACAGAUUAGGGAACAAAAUGAAGUUUCUCCACAAAAAGAACUGAAGGGGGACAAUGUGCUGAAACCAAAAAAAAGAGGAAGAGACAAAAGACAGAGAAAAAAAGAUGCUUCAUUACUGCUUCUGAGGAACUGAAGGAUCAUGAAUCAGACUGCUGCAAAUUGUUUAAAUGUUCAUUUGCUGCAGGGCUUCAUCACUGUAUCUAUGUACAAAUAAAACUGACAGACUAUGUUGUCAAAGUAAGCGCUAUACCCUACUAAUGCAGGGCCAAAUGAAUUACUUGACAUGAGUAGCAGUAAUGGUCUGGUAAAACUGAUAGGCUACUUUGCAUGUUAGAUGCCAGUAGUUUCCAACCGUGAGUUUACACUCUGUGUCUAAUCAGAUCCUGUUACUAUAAUGUUUUCUUCUAUCAGAUCACAGCAAGUGCUAUUGGCAGUCUCUGUACAUAUCCCACUGUUAAACAGGCUGUGAUGAACGUCAGUGUAGCGUGUGUGUGUGUGUGUGUUUGUGUUCUUCUAGGUACCGUGUUCACAAACUAGCGUUGUAGUAAGGACGAUGGUACUGAGUGAGCGCAGUUACAUGCAAGGAAUAUUCCGAUUUUAAAUGAAUGGUGACAGAAUUCAGUUUGCUCAUGAUUCAUGUGAUUCGUGUAAACUCUUUAUUCAUUCCGAAUGUGGCUGUGCUUUGGGAAUAUUCCGGUUCCAGAACACUGUUUCACACAUGUAAACAGAACAUUCCAGAACUUGUCUGAAACGGAAUACUCUGUGCAUGUAACUGCGCUUAGUGACUGUGCAUUAUUAUUAUUAUUAUUAUUUUGUUUCUUAAAUAACCACUGACGGAAAGUCUUGUAUGUGCGUGUGUGGAACGGGUGUACAGAUGUCAAGGAAUAGUUUUGUAUUUAACGUUAGGGGUUAACCUUUCUUGGAAAGAAAAUGUUGAAAGAAGAUUCCUCUUUAGAGGUUUUUUUUGUACAUGCAUUAACAUAUGAAGAAAAAAAUAUUGCGCAGACCUUUCAAAGCUUUGUAAAAUGUUUCAAAAUAAAGGCCUCCUAAAUUGU